AUGGUAGUCGACCCUUUUGGGACCACGCUGGCAUCCAUUGGCGUAUUUAUCCAGUUUUACAAUGUUUGUGAUACACUUGUUCACGGCUACAAAUUGACAGUACACUUUGGUGAGGAUUUUUGCGCAGUUCAGCGAGAGCUGGACAUCCAAUGGGCUCGUCUACAUCUCUUGAUGCAAAGUCGACGCGUCCUGAAGUCCGAGAUCGACCUAGAGAACCGCAAUAGCACGAUAGGCAGAACCAUCACAAGUUACCUUGCUCAGAUGCAGAGGUACUUUCAAAUAUGUCAUGACCUCAUGAAGAAGUACAAUACAGAAGAGCAACGUGAAAAUUACCUUAACAAGAACACAUCAACUUCCAUGACAGGGACUGGUGGUCUUACCCCAUCUGGCUCUUCUAACACUACGCUUGUAUCGUCUCCGGUGCCAUCAAAACCGAUCAAGUCGUCCAGGUGGCACAAGAUCAACGUAUUUCGUCGAUCUGAGAAAUCGCUGUCGCCAAAGCUGGGCACAAAGAAGAUCUUCGGGAAAGAGACUGUAGAUUUAGUGGUACCAGAUCUCGACAUUCAGGAGGUUCAAGAUGCUGCGGCUGCCACUAAGCAGGAGGCACUGAUGUACCAAGAGAAGGUCAAGUUCUGGAGACGAUCUCGUUGGGCUAAGAGGGACCAAGAGGAUCUCAAGGCCACGAUCGCUAGAUUACGCCAGGCAAAUAAUAACCUGGAUAGCAUUGUUCAGCUUCUAGCACUCAAAGACCCUUCAUCGGUCCUACCGAGUAGUAGCCACGCCGAUUCGCUGUGGCCACAUGUCACCCGUGUUAGCCGGACACUUGGCGCCCUCCAUCGAGAGCUUAUGGUACUCAAUGUGAAGAGGGACAAUCACGCCCCCUAUCUUCUAAGCUUACGCCUAUCAGAAGAUCAUCGGAAAAGCCGCAGAGAGCUUGCAGACUAUGUAUGUUUGCAAGAUGACUCACAAGUUUUCAAUCUGCAGAGGCACCUAACAGAAGAUCCGGGCGAAGCUUCGAGACUUCUACUAAUCCAGAGCUUUCGACAGCAGCAGGAGCUGUCUGGAGACACUGUCCGGGAUGCUGUAUCGAAAUUGGAGCACAUCGACCGACCCAAAGAUGUCCAGGCCGUCCCAGACGGAGAAGAGAUUGAGGAGUGGGGAUGGUGUGGUAAUUCUCUCGAAAACGACUACUUACACAUUAUUUAUCAUGACGCCGGCAAUGACUGGAUAUGCACAAAUACUCUGCAAGAUGUUUUGACAGGAAAUGAGUUUAGGAAACGUAUCACAACCGUCCAGGUGGUGCAGCUGGCCAAGAUACUUCUUUGCUCUUACUUGUACCUGGAUAGUAUACACGACGGCACGAAAGUACCCAGACCACCCAACUACCGCUUCUACAAGACCUCUGAUGAAGAGGACAUUUGGGAUCCGGACGAUCCCAGAGUCCUCCGGCCUUGGCUAUCGUUCGGCUUCGGCCGCCGACCACCAAAAGCCAAGUUGGGAGGUGGAAGCGGCGUUGCAGAUACCGGAGGCUCAGCCAUGGCUGAACUUGGCCUUCUGCUCUACCAAAUUGGCACUGGCAUGGCCAUUGACUAUGUAGCCGGGCCCACCGGCCUCAAGCAAGCCAAAUCCGAAGCUCUUAGCAACAUUCAUGCUCUGGAGUUGAGAAUGGGCUUGUUCUACACAGAGAUAGUCCAAAAAUUUCUGGAAUUCGAAGCUCGGCCGCUAUAUCUCUUACCACCAAAUGAUGAGAAUCAGGAGACAGAGUAUGUCAAGAAGGUCAUUUCUGCAUUGAUGAAGCUCGAGCAUGACUUCGAAGAUACUGCAAUCGCACCAAUGCUGGAAGAAUCUGAUUCAAUACCAGAGAUACGGGUCAGCGGCGUCGCUUCUGCCACUGCCAGUACGGAGGAUUUGGCCGCUUCACUGCAUCCUGAGACGGCAGGACCGCGCUCGAUCACCGCCUCUGUGUAA